UCUAUCUCCACUACACGGAACCCUAGCCCCCUUUUCUUUCUCUCUCCCGCCAACAGCAGCAGGAGGCCAGGAGCCACCGCCUAGUGCCCAACGCCGUCGUCGCCGACGAACUCGUCUCCUCAGCCAGCGUCCAGCCUCGUCGUCGCCGAUCCUCUUCUCCUGGAUCCCAUCUCCUCGCGUCGCUAGGUCUCAUCGCCGAACGGGUGGAGGGUGCUGUCGCCGCCGGGUGGAACUGAUCGUGGUGGCAUCAAGAAUCAUCGCCUGUGGAAGGUGAAGGUAUACUCGUCGCCUGUCAUCGUUUCUCUCUGUCGCCGUCGAGCUCUCUCUCUGACGCCGUCGAGCUCUCUCUGUGUCGCCGUCGUGCCCUCUCUGUGUCGCCGUCGAACCCUCUCUCUGUGUCGCCAUUGAGCUCUCGAUCUCUCUGUGUCGCCGUCGAGCUCAACGACCCUUCCUCCGUUGCUAUUUCAAUCUACAUUCUGCAUAAUACUGUCUAAACAUGCUGCUGCUACUUCAAUCAGCAUUCUGCAAUAUGCUUUAAUGAAAUGGCUCAAGAUUGAAGAUGAUGAGGCAAUCUUCUUCAGGAAGCAACACGUACAGUGAGAUUACCACCUCUAGAAGAACUGUUUCUCAUGAUCUCAAAUCUGUGUUUUGAUGUUUUUGAUUUGGUGCUUGAUGUUAGUUUAGAAGAAGCCAUUUUGGAAUGAAAUCAGAUUUACAUCUUAUUAGUUUGGUGUUUGUUGACUGAACCAGAUUGGUAGGAAAAUCUUAACCAAAAAUUAUAGAAACGUCCCCCAACCUGCCUCUAGCGUCGUCCGCGCUCGCUUUCCUCUGUCACAGUCGGCUCUUCUUUUCUGGUUGAAUGCUAUCUCUCUCUGUCUAAUCGUCUCAGCCGCAUAACACAGGCCUGACAAAGCAGCGGAGACAUCGGAGUCCGGACGGAGCACAGCCCUAAUGUCGUUCCUUGAGGAAUUUCAAGCCAAUUUGGAGUCUCUACCCGUUAUUCUUCAGAAGAAGUAUGCCUUGCUGCGUGACCUAGAUAAGAGUUUACAGGAGAUCCAAAGGCAAAAUGAACACCGUUGUGAACAAGAAAUUGAAGAUAUUAGGCGAGGAGUUAGGUCUGGAAACAUCACACCCGAUACUUCGGUUAUUCGAUUUUCCAAUGAAGCACUUGAUGAGCAAAAGCAUAGCAUUAGGAUUGCUGAUGAAAAGGUUGCCCUGGCUGUCCAGGCAUAUGAUUUGGUGGAUACACACAUACAACAACUUGAUCAGUAUCUGAAGAAGUUUGAUGAGGAGCUUAGGCGCGAAAGGGAAAAUGCUGCAAUAAGUGGAGUUCCUGCUUCAGCUCCUGAUGGCAAUACAAAAUCUGGAAGGGGUAAUGAAGGUGGCAGAGGAGGGCGUAAAAAACGCCAAACAUCUGUUGCAGUGGCAACAGAAGCACAACCUGCACCUGUGAACCCAACUGGCAUGGAAUUGGAUUUGCCAGUUGAUCCAAAUGAACCCACAUACUGCUUUUGUAACCAAGUUAGCUAUGGCGAGAUGGUUGCCUGUGAUAACCCUGACUGCAAGAUAGAGUGGUUUCAUUUUGGUUGUGUUGGUCUGAAAGAACAACCAAAAGGAAAAUGGUAUUGUUCAAAUUGCGCAGCAACAAAAAAUCGUCGCAGAGGCAAAUGAGGUUUGACAGAAGAACAAGAUUAAUAGUAAAAUGGGUGACUGUAUAUUGUUAAUAUGUUUAGAAGACGCAACUUUAAUGUUUCAGGGCCUUGAAACUUUGCAUCACCGGCCGUCUUUGCAUCUUACGUUAUUGAUCUUGCAAAUGGAGCUAUUAUUUCGUUGUUAGGUCAAGCUUUCAUAAAGAGAGGAUAUUUUUGUAUAGAUUUUGUGCAGAAUGUAAACUAAAAUUAUUACAAAGUUUACUUGAAUUAUAGUUAAUUCACCUAAUAAGUUGACCAAGAAA